UGCCUGCUUGCUGACAGCUUGACUAUCCCCACAAGACCCUCUCUGUACCUCGUUACAUCCGAGUUCUCUAAUUGCAGUCGUUGCGUGCUACGUCAUCAAGACCUCCAGCUUUCCGCCCCGCUGCGCACGAGCUAGCUUCCGCCCAGUCCAGAUAGCCUGCAAACACACGACCGCAACCGCUCCACAACCACACACUUCACCCGCCCUCGCCACGUUGCGGAACACACAGGCUGCGCUACCAGCUCCCGUCGAACUUCACCCUACCACUCCUCGCGCUACGCUGCACACGAAGCCCUCACAAUGACUGGUGAAGCAUGGUUGUACCUUCUGGCGGUGUUGAUAAACGCCGUCAACCUGUUCCUACAGGUCUUCUUCACCAUUAUGUACAGCGAUCUGGAAUGUGACUACAUCAACCCCAUCGACCUCUGCAACCGCCUGAACACCUACAUCAUCCCCGAGGCCGCCGUUCACGCUUUCCUGACCUUCCUGUUCCUUAUCAAUGGAUACUGGGUUGCGCUUAUUCUCAACCUGCCCCUUCUGGCGUGGAACGGAAAGAAGAUCUUCGGAAAGAACCACUUGCUCGACGCAACAGAAAUCUUCAGGAAGCUGAACGUUCAUAAGAAGGAAUCGUUCAUCAAGCUCGGUUUCCACCUGCUGAUGUUUUUCUUCUACCUGUACAGCAUGAUCGUUGCCCUUAUCCGCGACGAGACGCACUAAGCACGCGCGACGCGGUCCGGCAAUACUGCUUCCAGGAUGGAUUUCUCUACCGUGAGUGGGCUGAAUACCUCCAGGAUUGUAUGUAGGAGCUCGGUUAAAGUUGACAAUCGUAAGUGGCCUGUGGGGCGGAGAAGGGGACGACGCAUCUAAGGGUGCUCGAAAGCAGAUGGGUGGAAGGUUAGAAUUGAUGGAUACCAACAAGAGGGCUGGAGGUAGUCAGACGAUUGUUGCAUCGAACGACUUUAUGUUCUUAUGGGCUAUGAUAGCGUUAACUUGUAAGCCUUUCUGUAUAUGAAUGACAUAGAUGCCUCCGUGCGUCAUCAUAAAAGUUGC